AUGGUGCUGCUCAGGCCCCUGGUGCUUCUUCUUGCUCUGGUUGUCUCUGACCUCCACUGCCUGCCCUGGUUCACAAAUGUCUCUGAGAGCCAGGGACCUGGCACCAUCCUUCAGUCUUUCUCCUUCAACUGCUCUUCACACACACCCACCCUGGAGUUGCUCCAUGUGCAGCCACCCACCACCUUCUUCAACCCACCUAGCCUAACUAGAUGGCAGGGGAUCUAUGUGGGAAAGAUGACCUUGAGCAGCUCAGCCCGGCUGGAUGCCCUGACAGUGAACCACUAUGAGCUGCAGCUGCGGUUCACAUGUGGCAACCAUGUGAUGGAGGGACCACUCUCUGUGGAUGUGCAGCGGGACCCUGGCCGUAUCCAGUGUGCUGGUCGAUUUGCCAGCCCAGCUGGGGAAAUCAUUCAAGUGCCAGAAACUGUCAAACCUGGGGCCUGGCUGUACACUCUGCUGCUCCCAGGCCAGGGAGCCCAGAUGAGCAUCACCAGUGCCCAGGAUCCGCCAUACUUCCCUGGACCUUUCUCUAUCAAUGGGCAGGGUUGGCUGCAGGCACCAUCCCAGGGCCUCAAAGGCCAGGCUCAAAAGGUCUUCCAGCUUCAGAUCCUGGUGACCUUUGGACAAGGCCGAAGCUGCAGUGGGAUGCUGACAGUGAAAGUUUUGCCUGCUCCCUCCAGACAGGUCUCCUUCCUGCAGCAAGCCCAGAAUAUCACCAUCCCGGAGAACCUGGUCCCCGGAAGUAAGGUGGUUCAGGUCCAGGCCCGGGGCUUCGAUGUGCGCUACGAAAUCCUCUCCCCAGUACCCUGCCGGCUCUUCUCCAUCGGACGCGUCGACGGAGUCGUCCGGACAACCUCGCCCCUGGAGCUGGCUCAAGCCCCAGACGCCGCGGUCACUAGGCUAAGGGUGAAGGCCUUUGAGUGGCUCUGGCCGUGGGCCAGCGCCGAGCUUGAUUUCAGGGUGGACGUGCAGUCGGUCAACCGCUGGGCCCCGCGCUGCACACCAGCGCUGCUGGUGACUCAAAUCCCCGAGACCACGCCUGUGGGCACUGUGCUGAAUACCUUCACUUGCACCGACCCUGAAUCUCCUGGCUCCACCCUGGACUACCAGCUGCUGUUCCACAGCCCUGCUGACGCAGCCAGCCUCUGCCUUCAAGACAGAGUCCUGGAGGUGAAUGCCACACUGGACUGUGACACUCCUGGCGCCUGCUUUCAUCAUGCAGCUUCCAUCCUGGUGCUUGAUAGUGGUCAGCCUCCAAUGACCACUGAGGUGCCAGUACUGGUGAUGGUGACACCUGUCAACGAGUUCUCCCCAGCCUGUGUCCCACGCACAUUCCGGGUUCGUGAGGAUGCAGGGCCCCACGCUCUUCUGGGCUCUGUGGUGGGCAAGGACAUGGAUUACCCGCACGACAGCAUUGAGUACUCCAGCCCUGGCGGGUCUGCCACUUUUGCUGUGGACCGUCUCAGCGGGGAGGUUCGCCUCCUGGGGCCUUUGGACUAUGAGCUGCAGAAGUUCCACAGGCUCACUGUCCUGCUGACUGACCAUAGCCAAGACCAGGACCCUACCUGCCACCGCUCCGGCUCUUGCACCAUUACCAUUGAGGUGGAGGAUGUGAACGACCAUGCCCCCGAGUGUGAGCCCCCAUUUCAGGAGCUCACCAUCCACACUCACCUGGGCCGCAGCAUGGAGGUGACCAGGAUGUCAUGUCGGGUUCCCCAAGAGCCACAGCGCCUGGCUUUCUCCUACAGCAUUGUGGGAGGAAAUAGUCGGAGCCAAUUCAGCCUGCAAGGAGCUGUCCUGGUGCACAACGACCCCAUGUUGGGGCCCUCCUGGCCAGAGCAGCCCCAUACUUAUGAGCUAUUGAUCCGUGUGGCUGAUGCAGGUCCCUCCACCCCCCACCUCAGCACCACAGCCACUAUCAUUGUGCAUCUAGUUCCCUGGAGGGCCAGCACAGUGGCCACCAGCACCCACAGAGCCACAGUGACUUCAAUGAUGACACCCCUGCUUGUGACAGACACGGAGGCUUUCUGGCAGCCGGAGCCCUGGUUUGUGGUGGUGCUGACAGUGACCAGUGCCCUUCUCCUCUUGGCUCUGGGCUGGCUCCUCAGCAGGCUCCUGCGGGGGUUGGCCCAGGUGCUACAGGCACCAAGCAAACCAACCCAGGCUCUACUGCUAAACAGUAUCCAGGGAGCUGAGGGGUCUGUUGAGGGGUUCAUGGAGCCACCAAGGAUGGAGACACCCCAGGCACUCAGCAGUGUCAUAAGCCUGCAGCAUUUUGAUGGCAGAGCACAGGACCCCUGUACAGGCAGAGAUUACCUGUUCAACACGCACACAGGAGCCCGGCGCUGGCUCUGAGGCCAAGAAGCUGCAUCAUAUUUGUGGAAUUUCUUCUUCACAUGAUUAUGUGUUUUCAAGUUGAUUCAAUAAUAAACAAAAUUACAAACAGAA